CGGAGGCGCCGGGGCGGGCGCGCGUCCGCGGCGGUGAUGGCGGUGCGUGAACGCGCGGCGGCAGCAAUGGCCGCUCUGGAGCGGCGGGUGCCGAGUCUCGAUGACUUCGCGGGACAGAGCUGGAGCUCGUGGGUGGAACGGGCCGACCUGCCCGCGGCCGACGGGGCUGAGCUGGAGGAGAGUAACAAAAACAUUAAGAAGUUGGAUGCCAUGACCCUCAUUAAAGAAGACAUGUCCAUCUUCGGGCACUGCCCUGCCCAUGACGACUUCUAUUUGGUUGUGUGUAACCACUGCAGCCAAGUGGUGAAGCCUCAAGCUUUCCAGAAGCACUGCGAAAGAAGACAUGGGCCCCUCAGCAAGCUUUACGCCCGGGCCCCACCCCCACCUCCAGCCCCUGCCAGCUCUCAGAAAUGCCAUGUAGUGAAUGGGCAGGGCCCAGCUUGUAGGGCCCCGGGUUCCACCAAAACCUCCUCCAGGGAGAAGGGCCAGGGGUCCCGGAGCCGUGGCCACCCGCCUCCUGAGAAGACACAGAAGGACAACCUCUGCCCACACCCUCUCUCCAUGUGUAGCCUUUUCGUGCCUGUGGUGAAUCUGGAGAAGAUGUCCAGUCUCCCGAAGCCCGAUGGACAUGGAAUCAGGGUGGCCCCGCCCUCUGCUUUCCUCAGCCAGCCUGGUGGCCUCACCAAGGACUCCCCUGGGAAAAACCCCAUGGCACCCCCUUCUAAAGAACCUCCGGGGAGAGAGAGCAUCGAGAUGACCCCCAGCGAGGGCCCCAGUCACCGGGCUGAAGGCAGCCCCCCUGAAAAGGAGCCUGGUGGGGCCAGGCUGCCCCCCAAAACCCAUCGGAAGAUGGCCCGGAAGGAGUGCGACCUCAACAGGCAGUGUGGGGUAAUAAACCCAGAGACCAAAAAGAUCUGUACACGCCUGCUGACCUGCAAGAUCCACUCGGUGCACCAGCGCCGGGAGGUCCAGGGCCGAGCCAAGGACUUUGACGUGCUAGUGGCAGAGCUGAAGGCCAAUUCCCGCAAAGGGGAAUCUCCCAAAGAGAAGAGCCCAGGGCGCAAGGAGCCCACUCUUGAGCGCCCCUCCCAGGAGCCCCCCUCCUCAGUCCAGGUUGUGGCAGCGGCCGCCCCCAGCAGCACCUUCUCUGCUCGCGCCAAGCAGACCUACCCAUUCUGUGCACUGCCCAGGUCCCGGGCCUCCUCUGAGAGUGAGUUGGAUGAUGAAGGCCCCUGUGGUGGUGAUGGGGACCCAGGCCUGUUCCCCUUUCCCCUGCCCCGGGGUGGGGCCCAGGCCUCCAGCGAGGAGAGUGAGGAGGAGGGGACAUCUGACGACCUCCACCUCCCCCCUGACUGCCAUUAUGCAACCCGGCCCCCGCGGCCACAGGCGUUCUGCACCUUUGGGAGCCGGCUGGUGAGUCCAGGAUGCUACGUGUUUAGCCGCCGGCUGGACCGGUUCUGCUCAGCACUGAGCUCCAUGCUGGAACGGCACCUUAGCUCACACAUGUGGAAGAAGAUCCCACCCGCGGCUGAGCCUCCGUCCCACCUUGUCAGCUCCCCACUGUCUGCUCCCCUGAGCCCGUCCUCUACAGGCAGCUGUCCCCGCCUUCCAGGCCUGCCCCCCAGACCUGCCUGCCCAGCCUCCACACCCCCUGCCAAGGACAGCCUGGUCCCCAGCUACCCUGCAGGCUCCCCCAGUGUGGCCGCGGCCUGCAGCCAGGCAGAAUGCAUGGGGGGGGCCCAGGCCAUCACCUCACCACUGCCCGCCAACACGCCAUCCCCAUCCUUCAGCAAACUCCCGCCUUCGAAGGCCAGCAAGUCGUCCAAAGGCAAGGACGGGGUCGAGGUGGAGGCCCCUUCUCGAAAGCGAAAGUUAUCCCCCGGCCCCACCACCUUCAAACGGACCUGCAUCCUGGAGCCCUCUGGAAAAGGCAAACCCUCUGGCUGCCGGGGCCUCUCGGCCAAGACUAAAACAGCCCUGGGCAUGGGGCUCAAUGGGACGGUGGGGCCAAGAGUGAAGCGGGCAGGGCCUCUGGACUGUCGGGGCUCCCUUCAUCAACCCCCGACACCCGUCAAGGCUUCUCAGCUGGACAGCCGGGGAGCAUCCGGACACCCAGCCAAGGCCCUGCCCACCAACUGCCUCUCUGAGGAGGAGGUAGCCAAGAAGCGGAAAAACCUGGCCACUUACUGCCGGCCGGUGAAGGCCAAGCACUGCCAGGCCGGCGCCCGUGCCGAUGCGACCUGCUCCGUGCGCCGCAAGAAGCCGGGUCCUGCCAUGGCCUUUGAGGAGAAGUGUUCUACACUGAAGGUACCAGCCCAGCUCUCUGGAGAGCAUGGGCAGGGAGAGAUCAGGAUGGACCAGGGUAGAGCACACAGUGGGAACCCGGCACAGAGAAGGUGCUAAGUGUUUGUGCAGGGAAGGGAUUCUGAAAGGGGAAGUUGAGAGAGUUCCGGGGCCGUCUCCUGUAGGGAGAGGUAGGUCAGCUCUUUAAAAGGUGACCCAGCUUUUGCUUGAUGGGCCUUCCCCCAUCUGUCUCUCCCUUGAGCUGCCUGUCCCCUGCCCCCACACCUCCUUCUGUUUUAACAAAAGGGCCACUUUCUGAUCUGGCUGUGGCCUUCACACCAGGAACUGGAGCCACCCGUGUCCCCCAAAGGAAAGGAAGCUGGACUUCAUGAACUCUGAUGGGAAAGGUUUGGGCAGUGGGGUUGAGCGUGGGUCUCUAAGCAGUGGCCUGAUAUGCUGGGUGGCAGAGUGGGUGGGCUGGUCUUGUUCAUGGGUUCUGCCUCUGGGCCUCAGGGCCUAGAAGGCCAGGGAUGUCACCUGAGGUCCUUGUAAGCAUAUGUGCCGCUUCCAGGAUUUCAUGCGCCAGGCAAGUCCUCCAGGGUUUCUGGGAAAGCCAGCAGCCGGUUUAUGCGCCUCUUCUGACGGGAGCCCUGGAGUAGCACACUCUGGGCUGUCCAUAGGAGGGCAGGAGGGGCUUGCCCGUGGCGAGAAAUUGGGUGCCCUCCUGGUGUAGGCACAGGCCAGAUGCAUACCCACUCCUCUGGCACCCUUAUGAGAGUAGUGAGUUGGACCAUGCCCCCAUGUGUGCGCGCAUGUGUGCAUGGACAUUCUCAGGCUGUCCCUGAUCCACUGGCCUUCAUUUUCCCCCUCGUCCAUCAUUGGGCAGCAGCCUAGCCAGGAAGAAAGCAAGCUUUAGCUCUCAUGGUCCACACAGUUCACUGGGAAGCAGGACUGGUAGGUCCCCAGCCUGACCGCGUCUCUUGCCUCUUGUCUUCCUGCAGUCGAAAGCCCAUUAACAAGAAAGUGCCUGCCCACCACGAUGGAGCCGCCAGCACCUCCUCCCCUCCAGAUCCGGGCCCCAGGCUGCUGCCGCUUUUUAUAACUUUAUAUUAUUUUUUUUAAGAAAAAAAAACUCUUUAAAAUACCUCAAGACUGUCUCCCUGUUCUGUUGCUGCUAAGAAAAUGUAAAAACAGAAACAGAGAAAAGGAAGGAAAAAGAUGUAAUAAAAUGAGUGUCAUUGCUGUC